CGCGGAGAACUAACGUGUUAAAAUUUUAAUUACGCUCUUUCCUAUGGAAUUACUGUGUGUAAGCUAAAGCUGUCAGGAAAUACUCAAAUAUCAUUAAUCACUGGUAAAGAGAAAAGACACUUGUAAAGUUGUUCUUAUUAAAAAUCAACUGUCGGGAUUUGGUGUGUCUAGCUGCGGCAACAUAGUUAAAAUGAUCAAAUAAGAUUACUAUGUUACUUAAUGCAAGAAGGGGAAGAGUAUAAACGAGAAACAAAGUACACCAUUGAUUGUGAACUAGUAUUUGGCAAACCCUAUUUGAAUAGCAUUGCCAGCCAAUCACAAUAUCUUGGGUGUGAAGUUAAUAAUCAUUUCCUCCAAGCCUGUCAACCUUCAAGAUAUUGUAGUUUAAGUUUGUUUUGGGUCCAUUAGGCCCUUUUAGUAUUUUGUUAUGCACACUUUAUAAUAGCAUCUUUCAGUUAGUUUGAAUGCCAAGCGUGUCUAUAGCAAUCUUUAAGCAUCAUUUAAACCAAACUCAUGAUUUCACAAACAUCCCAAUGUUGACAAAAUCAUAACAUGAACUAGACUUCCAUAUUUGAGUGUCUUCUUCAAACACAAGCUAAUCCUUGGCAGGUGGCAACAAACCUUUAUUUCAGCCACUGCUCCAUCACAUCUUAUAUUUUCAGAGAAAUGGGUGAUGGAAUUUUUUCAAAAAACUGCACCUUCCUUCUGGCAGCUCUUACUUUGCUCUCUAGUUUUCUCUUGAGUUCUGUCAUGGCUAAAGUUUACACUGUUGGUGACCAAGAAGAAUGGAGCAGUCAGACAAACUAUGCUUUAUGGGCAGAGGGGUACAAUUUUAGCCUUGGCGAUGUUCUUGUUUUCAAGUACUUGAAAGGGCAACAUAAUGUGUAUGAAGUACAAGAGAACACUUUCCGAUCAUGUGAUGCAAGUAGUGGAGUGUUGGCCAAGUACGAGAGUGGAGAAGAUCAUGUGGUUCUCAAUGAGGUGAAGAGAUAUUGGUUCAUUUGCAACAUAGCAGGGCACUGCCUUGGGGGCAUGAGGUUUGGAAUUAAGGUGAAACAUAGCAACAUUGUUGUUACCUCUAUUAAUUCCACUGAUGGUGAUGCAUUGAACCCACAAAUUGAACCAAGUCCCUCUCACAAUUCUUGUACAAGUUAUAUCUCUGAAAGAUGGAGAGUGAUUGGGAACUUUCUUCCUUUUGGAUUACUCUUGUUCAACUUGAAUUUUUGAUGGAGAGUUUGCUUGGAUAUGUGGAUUUGAUUAUUUAUUUCUCUUCACAUUGUUCUUUGAUAUGUGUGCAUUUACCAUUCAUAAGACUUCAAUGCAAAAUUGUGAGGGAUUCUUCAUAUACGCUAGGGGUUCACUUAUUAGGCGCAGGGUUUGGUUAAUUAUCUUAAUCCAUUACAAGCAAUUAAAUUAUGUACA